ACCAGUGAGCCCCACCGAGUGAGGCGGCUACCUAAAAGGAUCGAAGCGGACGAGACGCGCCCCUUCUCUCUCUCUCCUCGAUAUCGCUUUGUAGUGAAUUCUCCCCCGCCCGUCCUCCACCGCCUCCGAUCGGUUCCCCCAUCCGCAUCAGGGAAACUGAGGAGUUUGAGAGCGAGAGGCUUCUAGAGAUCGGCAAUCAUGUUUGCGCGUGCCCAGAGGAAGAGCGACAACACCAAGUACUACGAGAUUCUUGGGGUUCCCAAGAGCGCAAGCCAGGAUGAGCUGAAGAAAGCCUAUAGGAAGGCCGCCAUAAGGAACCACCCGGAUAAGGGUGGAGAUCCUGAGAAGUUUAAGGAAUUGGCUCAAGCAUACGAAGUUCUUAGUGAUCCUGAAAAGAGAGAAAUUUAUGAUAAAUAUGGGGAAGAUGCACUUAAAGAGGGAAUAGGAGGAGGCGGUGGUGGAAGUUUCCACAAUCCAUUUGAAAUAUUUGAGCAGUUCUUCGGUGGUAGCAGUUUCGGUGGUGGCAGUUUUGGUGGUGGCAGUUCAAGAGGUCGUAGGCAAAAACGAGGUGAAGAUGUAGUUCAUUCCUUAAAGGUGUCUUUGGAAGACCUGUACAAUGGGACAUCGAAAAAGCUUUCACUGUCAAGAAAUGCCUUAUGCCAAAAGUGCAAAGGAAAAGGUUCAAAGAGUGGAGCUUCAGGGAGAUGUUAUGGAUGUCAAGGUACAGGAAUGAGGACUGUAACUAGACAAAUUGGACUAGGCAUGAUCCAGCAAAUGCAGCACGUUUGCCCUGAAUGCAGAGGCUCAGGUGAGGUCAUCAGCGAUAAGGACAAAUGCCCACAUUGUAAAGGGAACAAAGUUAUGCAGGAAAAGAAGGUCUUGGAGGUUCAUGUUGAGAAGGGAAUGCAACAUGGUCAGAAGAUUGUAUUUGCAGGAGAAGCUGAUGAAGCUCCGGAUACAGUGACAGGAGAUAUAAUUUUUGUCCUACAACAUAAGGAGCAUCCAAAAUUCAAAAGGAAGUAUGAUGACCUCUAUGUGGAUCGGACACUUAGUCUGACAGAGGCACUUUGCGGAUUUCAGUUUGUUCUGACCCAUCUUGAUGGCAGACAGUUACUUAUCAAGUCAAGUCCAGGCGAAGUCAUCAAGCCCGGUCAAUAUAAAGCAAUUGAUGAUGAAGGAAUGCCUCAUCAUGGGAGGCCAUUCAUGAAGGGUCGCCUUUAUAUCCAGUUCAAUGUUGAAUUUCCUGAGACAGGAGUGUUUUCUCCUGAUCAAUGUCGUUCUCUGGAGAAAAUUCUGCCACCAAGGCCAAGCAACCACAUCUCAAACAUGGAAUUAGACGAGUGUGAGGAGACUACCAUGUAUGAUGUUAACAUCGAAGAGGAGAUGAGGCGACAGCGCCUGCAGCGGCAGCAGGAAGCCUAUGAUGAAGAUGAAGAUGCUGCUCCACGUGUACAAUGUGCCCAACAAUAAAUUUCUCUAGUAGCAAUAUGCCUGCCCCUGCUGCAUUCUAUACUUCAAUAGCUUAAUAGCCUUGGUGUUCUGUUCAGAGAUAAAUUUCACCUGUAGCAGGGAUGUGUCAACAAUAUUAAAUUGUGUUCUGUUGCAUAAUGCUUGAAUUGACAGGUUGUUCAAUUACUGAUAUAGUUGUCCAAGUUUGGAUAUAAAAUAAUAUGUGACUAAAUCCCUAUUCUGUAGUA